AUGACCAAAGAGACUGAGACUCUGGGACUGGUCUUUCAGAGCGAGAACUUCAGCUAUAACAAUUACUCAAACUACGUCAUGGACUCCUGGCCUUAUCUGGAUAACUCCAUAACUGAGCCGAACCCCUCAAAAUCCAGAUUGCCCGAAGAGCUAACAGCCCUCUCGAUGUUUUAUGAACAGUGCAAGAGCCCAAAAGUGAAUGCUGCCUGCAGCCGCACAGGCAAUGUGUGCAAAGUAACAGAGAGGAAUCUGCACCAGACCAAUGAGAUUUCUCCAAUGGAUACGUCCUCUAUCGCCAUGAAGAUUCUCUCUGAGAACCUUCCCAUCCAGCCCAGCAACAUUUUGGGAUCUAAGCAGAUCCCACCGAUUUCCGUUCCUGCCACCUCAGAAACAUACACCUCGCUGACCAGUGUUGUGGAAAAUACUUAUGACAAACAGGAGCUCAGCAACUUUUUUGAAUUGCUGCAAAAGUGGCCAGAAAACACCACUUUCCCUGACCCCAGCACUGAGAAUCUUCCCUACAGCGACCCCUUCCCUGAAAACCAUUCCAGCCCAGUCUACUCCCGCUCCUACACCAGUUCCCCAUCUGAGAGAUCCAGGAGUGAGUUCCAGUUUUCUCUCGGGGCUCCUGCAGCUUCUUCUCACAAGCCCAGCGAGCUCCCCAUGGUGUAUCUGAACAAGGGACAAUUCUACCCCAUCACUCUCCAUGGGGUGGACAGCAGCACCUGCAUUACUGCCACCAAAGUCAAGACAGUGGUGAUGGCCGUGUUUGAGAAUGACAAGAGCCCAGAAAUGCAGUUGCGCUUCUGGAAUCACUGGCACGGACGCCAGCCAACUGUCAAGCAGAGGGUCAUUGACAUCGCGGACUACAAGGAAGUGUUCAGCGGCAUUAGCAAUGUUGAAGAAGUGGCCUUCAAUGCUCUCUCUUUUGUGUGGAACCCCAGCGAGGAGGCCAAGGUGUACAUUGGGAUCAAUUCCCUGAGCACAGACUUCUCCUCUCAGAAAGGAGUGAAAGGCCUGCCCCUGAACCUUCAGAUCGACACUUACGACUUAAGCUCAGGAAACGGCCAACUGAUACACAGAGCUGCUCUCCAGGUCAAGAUUUUCUGUGAUAAGGGUGCAGAGAGGAAGAUGAGAGACGAGGAGAGGAAGAGAUCCAAGAGGCGAGGAAAGAACACUAAUGAUGGUAACACUAAAUCUUUAGUAAGUAGCUCCAUAGGCAACGAGUGCACCUUCUUCCAGACCCUGGAUGACCACGUCACCCAGCCAGUUCUCUUUAUUCCAGAGACACACCUGUCCAGCUUACAGCGCAUGGCCACUCCCAUGGACGAAACGGAAAGGAGUUCUCUGAAGAGGUUGUAUCCAGACAGAGACCAGACGAGCUCCCCAACCAACAAACAAGCUCGCAAAGAAGAUGCACAGAGAGUUCUUCUGUACGUGAGGACAAACUCUGAAGAGGUGUUUGAUGCCCUCAUGCUCAACUCGCCAACGCUGUCGGGCUUGCGAGAAGCUAUUUCAGAAAAGUAUGGCCUGCAAAAAGAAACCAUCGGGAAAAUCUACAAAAAAUGCAAGAGAGGGAUCUUUGUCAACAUGGAUGACAACAUCAUCCAGCACUACACCAACCAGUCGGCAUUCCUCAUCGAGGUUUCCGAGUUGGGUAACGGUCAGUUCCAGGUUACUCUUGUUGAAGUAUGA